UUUGCCGACCAUCAUUUUGUCAGAUCAUUACAAAUUCUCCUCGUUUGCCAUUUGUUAAUACCCUUUCGCUGAGGCCCUGAAAGAAAACAAAGAUACAGGUGUAAAAAGAUCAACUGUAGAUGGAAAUGGACUGGCCACUACACGCAAGACAGUGGAUCAUGGCCCCGAUCUGGCGGUCCCCUUAAAAUAUUCGUUGAGCAUGCAUGAAACGUUGACCAAGAACUGAAUAUGAGGAUUAUUAUUUUUAAUCCUGAGAUUAAACCCAGUUUUCUCCUACCAAAACUGGUGAAAAUCUCGCAAAAUGUUGAAAACAAAAAGGAACACUGGCAGUAGAUAUAACAAUUUUGCGUGUUCUACAUGUGAACUGAGCUCAAAUUUUCGAACACCUAAAGCCGCCCUCGUGUUAUAUGCAAUAGUCUAAUGCAUUUCCACACCUCUCUUACUCAAAAACUCAACCUGCAGCCUCAAUUAGCCUUCACUGCUGCCAUGUCUGUCCGGCGAUGGCCUCCUCCAAUGUUUCUCCUUUUUCUUUUAUUCAUCCUGAUUUCUUGUGCAGAGUCUGACGAGCUGCAGAUAUUGCUAAACUUCAAGUCCGCUCUAGAAGGGUCAAAUACUAAUAUUUUCAGUUCAUGGACACAGGGAAAAUCUGCAUGUAACUUCAGCGGAGUUGUUUGCAAUUCGAAUGGAUUCGUCACGGAAAUCAAUCUUCCUCAACAGCAGUUGGUUGGUUAUCUUCCUUUUGAUUCCAUCUGCGAGCUACAAUCAUUGGAGAAGAUUGAUCUUGGAAACAAUUCUUUGCAUGGCAAGAUUACUGAUGACCUGAAGAAAUGUUCACGCCUGCAGUUCCUGGAUUUGGGACAGAAUGCUUUUUCUGGAGAAGUGCCAGACUUGUCUUCUUUAAGUGGAUUGAAGUUCUUGAAUUUGAACGGUAGCGGAUUUUCCGGACUUUUUCCAUGGAAAUCACUGGAAAAUCUCACAAAAUUGAAUUUCUUAAGCCUUGGUGACAAUCCCUUUGCUUCAAGUCCAUUUCCUCUGGAGGUCCUAAACCUUGAGAAGUUGUAUUGGCUUUAUCUCACAAAUUGCAGCAUCACAGGACAGAUUCCUGAGGGAAUUCAGAACCUCACUCAGCUACAAAAUCUUGAACUCUCUGAUAACAGAUUGUCAGGUCCAAUCCCAGCAGGAAUAGUCAAACUCAACCAACUUUGGCAGCUCGAGCUUUACAAUAAUUCAUUGUCAGGAAAAUUUCCUGUUGGAUUUGGAAAUCUGACAAGUCUUGUGAACUUUGAUGCGUCAAUGAAUACGCUUGAAGGGGACCUAUCAGAGUUGCGAUCCUUGAAAAAUCUUGUUUCUUUGCAGCUUCUUGAAAACCAUUUCUCAGGUGAGAUUCCUGAGGAGUUUGGUGAAUUCAAGAACCUUGAAGAAUUAUCACUUUACAGGAACAAGCUUACCGGUCAGCUUCCCCCCAAAAUUGGCUCGUGGUCAGAUCUCGUUUUCAUAGAUGUUUCGGAGAAUUUUUUGACAGGUCCAAUACCACCAAACAUGUGCAAGAAUGGCAAAAUGGUUAAACUUCUUCUGCUACAGAACAACUUCACUGGCACUCUCCCAGAAAGCUACGGAAACUGCAAGUCCCUGGUUCGUUUACGAGUAAAUAACAAUUUGCUCUCUGGUACUGUCCCUGCUGGUAUCUGGAGUUUGCCAAACCUCUCCAUAAUUGAUCUUAGCAAGAAUCAAUUUGAAGGACCAGUGACAGGUGAUAUUGGUAAUGCUAAGUCUCUUGCACAACUAUUCUUGGCCAAUAAUCAAUUUUCAGGUGAACUGCCCACUUCAAUCUCUCAAGCUUCUUCUUUAGUCUCAAUUCAGCUUACUUCAAAUAAAUUUUCUGGCCAAAUUCCGGCAACCAUUGGAGAAUUAAAAAGCCUAGGCAGCCUUUAUUUGGAUGGUAAUAUGUUUUCAGGUACUAUACCGGAUUCAUUAGGCUUUUGUGUUUCUCUGAAUGAUGUAAACCUUGCUGGUAACUCACUUUCUGGGGAAAUCCCUGAUAGUAUUGGAUAUUUACGUAGCCUGAACUCCUUGAAUUUAUCUGAAAACAAACUCUCCGGUGAAAUUCCAGCAACUUUGUCAUCUUUAAGAUUAAGCCUUCUAGACUUGUCCAACAACCGGUUGGUUGGUCCCAUACCCAAAUAUUUAUCUAUUCAGGUAUUCAAAGAUAGUUUUAAGGGGAAUCCGGACCUAUGUAGCUCAAAUCUUGAGGACUUUCAGCCAUGUUCAUCAAAUCCUGGUACAUCUAGUCAUCUUCGAACAUUUUUAUCCUGCUUCCUAGCUGGAACAUUAGCCCUGCUUUUAUCACUAGGAUGUUACCUGUUUGUGAGGGUAAGACAGAGUAAUCUUGACCAUUCAUUGAAGCGGGAUUCGUGGGACAUGAAAUCAUAUCACAUGCUAAGUUUCACUGAAAAGGAUAUCAUCGAUGCCAUCAAAUCAGAGAAUUUGAUAGGUAGAGGGCGAUCUGGAAAUGUCUAUAAAGUUGAAUUGGAAGAUGGCAAAGAACUGGCUGUGAAGCAUAUUUGGACCUCAGAUUCUGGCAACUGUAAGAGCUACCAGAGCAGUGCAGCUAUGUUAACAAAAAGGAACUUCCGGUCACUAGAAUAUGACGCUGAGGUGGCUGCAUUGAGUGCCAUUAGGCAUGUGAAUGUAGUGAAGCUUUACUGUAGCAUCACAAGUGAGGAUUGCAAUCUGCUGGUUUAUGAGUACCUACCUAAUGGGAGCUUGUGGGACAGGCUGCACUCAUGUCACAAGAUGGAGAUGAAUUGGGAGGUGAGAUAUACCAUUGCAUUAGGGGCUGCCAGAGGCUUAGAGCAUUUGCAUCAUGGAUGUGAGAGACCUGUUAUACACCGCGAUGUGAAGUCAAGCAAUAUUUUGUUAGAUGAAGAGUGGAAGCCAAGGAUUGCUGAUUUUGGACUUGCAAAGAUUAUGCAGAAUGGUGGCGGAGGGGAUUGGACUCAUGCUAUAGCUGGAACUCAUGGCUACAUGGCUCCUGAGUACGCAUACACCUGCAAGAUAAAUGAGAAGAGUGAUGUUUACAGCUUCGGAGUUGUCUUGAUGGAGUUGAUCACAGGAAAAAGGCCAGUAGAGCCAGAAUUUGGAGAGAACAAGGACAUAGUGUUCUGGAUCUAUAGUAACGUGAAGAACAAAGAAAAUUUGGUUGAGGUGGUGGACUUGAACAUCUCAGAGGCAUUAAAGCAAGAUGCCAUCAAGGUGUUGCGAAUUGCAGUUCAAUGCACAGCAAAGAUUCCAGCUCUCAGACCUAAUAUGAGAACGGUGGUUCAAAUGCUGGAGGAGGCUGAACCUUGUACGCUUACUGAUAUUAUUGUUCAUAAAAAAGGUGAAAGUAGCCCAACUGGGGAAUGGAAGAACAGAGGCAAGUUAAUCUAAGCCAUUGACUUCAUCAUCCAGUAAUGAUCAAAGACUGAUCUUCCAUGGAGUUUAAUAAAAGGAAGGAAUUUGAAACACUAAGCAAGCACUAAGAACCAGGAAGAUUUUUUUUUCUUAGCUCAUAAAAGAGAGCAAAGUUACUUUCAACUGUAGCUGCAGCAGAUCUCUAGCUAGCAAUAGCAGAUGAUAAAUAUAAUUAUGCAGGUGUCGUUUCUUCCUUUGUAUUAUAGUUGCACCAGUUUUCUUUCUGUUCAGCGGCAGAUGUAAAAAACAAUUGCUAUCCUCUGGGACUAAAUGCUAUUAGUGAUAAUUUUAGUCUGGAUUCCCCAGGCCUAAUGCCUAAGAAUCUCCUAAUUUUCUAUUUUUAAAA